AUGGUAGAGAAAUUCGACCUGGUCAUCGUUGGGGCCGGAUGGAACGGCUUAUCAAUGGCUCAUACCUAUAUGGAGGCCCAUCCGAACGCAAACAUUGUGAUCCUUGAUUAUGCCAGGUCCUUGGAAGCUAUGAGGCUCACUUCCGAACCUUCUAUGCCAUUCUUUUCAGGGUUAGAAGAAUUUGGCGGCCACAUAUUUCACGCCAAAGACUUCAAGCUCCGCGCCAAGGAUAUCGCCACAUGGUUCCCUGGAGACUCACCCGACGAUCCUGCCCUCCAAGCACAAGUACGGGGUGAGAUCUCAAAAUGGGCGCCGGUGCUAAACGUUGCGCCAGUUCGAGAAUUACCCAGAAACGUAGAGAUUGAUUUAGCCGCAACAAAAGAACAGAAGAGUCCCCACUCGUCGCCGUACCGUCUCUACCGAUUUCUCGUCCCUUAUGGCGAAGGGUUCAUCCAGCAAAAGAACUUUGCCAUCAUCGGCGCCCACAUCACAAUCCACACGGCCAUUAUCUCUCAAGCUCAGGCACUGUGGAUUACGGCCUUCUUUGGCGACAAGAUCCCUCAUCUCCGCGGACCAGGCACGAAGCACGUCUACGACAAGAUCAAGCACGACACUUGGUUCCAUACGGAGUUUGAGCGUGUUCGGAGGCCGAAGGAGACGGGUGGCGCGGGUGAAAGAUAUCCAGAUCUCGUUGCCGAUAGUAUCCCAUACGUCGACAUGCUUCUCUCAGAUUUGGGGUUGAGUUACCACAGGAAGCAGAAUAUUUAUAGAGAGCUCCUGGAGCCGUACCAGAUAGCCGACUACAAAGGGCUUGCACGUGAAUGGAUGAGGGGUGAAGGGCGUUAG